GAGCAGUCGUCGAGUCGUCCGUCGAGUUGGUUCAGUUGCGUCGCUGGCCGCGCCGAGACAAGAGCAACACGAGACGAGAGUUCGCGCGCAUCCAGUCAGCAUGCGCGGCGCUGCAGAGGCGCUGCUCCGGCGCCGCUCCUCGCUCGCCCUGCUCGCCCUCCUCGCGCUCGCCGCACCCCUGCACCCCGUACAUGGUGGCUCGUGUUGGAUCAUGGCCAAGAACGGACGCUGCAUGCAGCGGCUCUCGGACGACGUCGACCGCGACCACUGCUGCAAAAUGGAUAUGCCAGGGAUGAGUCACCUGGCGGCGUACGUCGACGAAAAAAUGGACUCGGGCACCAUUUUCUUCUACAGGGCGCUGGGCGGUGGAGUCCCCUGCGCCGCGUGUAAAGAUAGCUGCGAGAGGGUGGAGUGCGGCGCCGAGAUGAAGUGCGUGAUGCGCAAUGGCCGUCCCAAGUGCGUGUGCGAGCCGAAAUGUCCGAAGCAGGGCCGCCACCAGCGCGGCGCCGUCUGCGGCUCGGACGGACGCUCCUACCGAAACGCGUGCCGCCUGAGGAAACGGGCCUGCCGCCAACGCUCCGCCGACACGCUCUCCGUCGCCUACCACGGACAGUGCCAAGACUCGUGCUCGAAGGUGCGGUGUCUGGAGCGGAAGCAGUGCGUGGUGGACCAGAACAAGAUGCCGCACUGCGUUCGCUGUUCCCGCAAAUGCGGCAAGGAGGCGCGGAAGCACGUGUGCGGCGCCGACGGCCACACCUACCCGAGCGUCUGCCACAUCCGCGUGGCCGCCUGCCGAAAGGGCAAGGCCGUGCCGAUCGCCUACCGCGGCCGCUGCAAGCCCGGGGCAAGCUGCAGAAACGUCAAGUGCCGCGAGCGUCAGCGUUGCCUGCUGGAGCCAGAGACGGGACACCCGCGCUGCGUGUCGUGCAGCCUGCGGUGCCGCGGCGAGAAGGACGACGCCUACGGAUUCGGCGGGCCCAUCUGCGGCACCAACAACAUCUCCUACCGCACCUGGUGUCAUCUGCUGCAGGACGCGUGCUCCACCGGCUUCGUCAUCGAGACCAAGCACAUCGGAAACUGCACCGACGCCUCGCAACUCCACGGCAGGAACUCGUCCAUGUCGAACUCGCUGUUCAGCGAGAUAUUUGCGCCUUCGUAGCUGGGAGGAAGUUUGACUCUUCCCGCCUUUACUCGCACGUACAGGAAAGAAGUACCUUACCGGAAGCAGAGUAUAUAUAUUUUUAUCGUUUCGACGAAUUAAUUUUUGACACGUAAGGCUGACGCGUUCACGGUUUUAAUCGUAGAAAGUUAGGACUUUUAACUGCUACUCAUUAGUCUCCUUCAAACCAAACGGGCGGAAAUUGACGAGAUCUGCGUUUGCUCUUAAUUGUAAUCGACGAGUAAUGUUCAAAUUAACCAAGUUAAGCUGCGAUGAUUGAUUUUAUAGAUUUUUGUUUACGGGUCCAGAAAGUGUGAAUACUAUAUUAUAUUAUACAAACUUAAACUGAUUUUAAAAUAUGCUGAUUGCAAUGCAAUGUGUGCCUGCCGCUCGGAGGAUGCAAGUUUUUACGUAGUUAGGCUCACACACACACACACACACACUUCUUCUCCUUUAAUUGUUUCAAAUAACCUCAUCUCCGCUCUGUGCCAUAAAAUAAAUAAAAAUGAAAAAACACUCUUCUGCGCUUCAGACGGAAAAUUGUUGCAAACACAAAGUGCGUACGUAAUAAAUACAUAUUGUGAUAGCUUCCGAGAAAAUGAUAGCGAGAGGAGCAUUCUCGAGAGCAUUUACAAAUCUUGUUUUGAAUCAAACGAGCCGCUGCCGCUGCCGCCGCCGCUGCUGCUGGGUGCGAAAGCAACAAACACACACACGAUAAAUAAAAACAAACACAGUCUGUUGAUAUAAUAUAUUAUCCUAGUUUUACGAACGUGUACCUACAGUAUAUGUAUUAUUUAUUGAAAUACUCACCACGAAUAUUAAAAUGUGUAAAUAGCGCGCGCGAGACCGAAUCGGAGAGCCAGAGAGAAUGAGAAUAAAAUCAGAAUACAAAA